ACCAACCCGCAAAUAAAUAAAUAUUAGAAAUUAUUAUCAAUACAUUUCAUGAAAUGUGAAACCGGCUGACCACUCCCUAUAGAUAAAGAAUAUGGAGCAAAUUUGAUUUUAAAUUUGAGCAAAAUGUGGAAAGCCACAGCAGGUCUGCAACUCCAGAAUACUCAACCGGAGGCGGAUGACGAUUGGGAAACAGAUCCGGACUUUGUAAACGAUGUUAGCGAACAAGAACAGCGAUGGGGAUCGAAAACGGUCGAGGGAAGCGGGCGGACAGCAGGUGCCAUCGAUAUGGAGAAAUUACGUUUUGAAACUGAAAAGGCAGAUCAAGACAAAAAGAGAAAGGAAUUAGAGGAGCAAAAUCCAGGAUAUGGUUAUGGUGGAAAAUUUGGAGUCCAAACAGAUCGAAUGGAUAAGUCAGCGGUUGGGCACGAUUACCGUUCCACUGUAGAAAAACAUGCUUCUCAAAAAGAUUACAGCGAAGGAUUUGGUGGGAAAUUCGGGGUGCAGAAAGAUCGUGUCGAUAAGUCAGCAGCCGGCUGGGAUCAUAUUGAAAAAGUGGAAAAACAUGCUUCUCAAAAAGACUAUGCGACCGGUUUCGGUGGCAAAUUUGGCGUUCAAUCCGAUAGAGUAGAUAAAUCGGCUGUAGGUUGGGACCACGUCGAAAAAGUAGAAAAACACGAGUCCCAAAAAGAUUAUUCGAAGGGAUUCGGUGGUAAAUUUGGUAUUCAGGAGGACCGUAAAGAUAAAUCUGCUAUGGGUUGGGAUCAUAAAGAAGCACCACAAAAGCAUGAAAGCCAAAUAGACCAUAAAGUUGGUUUUGGAGGUAAAUUCGGCAUACAAAAAGAUCGCAUGGAUAAGUCGGCUGCUGGUUUCGAUGAUGCUGAAAAGCAACAGAUUGGCACCACUUAUACUAAAGUAAAACCGAAUAUCGAAGGAGCCAAGCCUUCGAAUUUACGUGCUAAAUUUGAGAACCUUGCUAAGAACUCAGAAGAAGAAAAUCGUAAACGAACUGAUGAACAGAAGAGAUUGCGAGAAGAAAAAGAUCGUCGUGAUCGUGAAGAAGCAUCUAAAAGGACUAUAAUUGAAAAUACGCCACUACCAGCGGCAGAAGAAGCACGAGCUCCGCCGGCAAAGGGCAGUCGAUCGUCGAUUUCGACGGGUCGGGAAGGUGGCAUCAGCAAUGCAAUUAGUGCUUUUAAUCAAAUGCAAUCACCGACAACAGAAAAUCCUACUGCAGUACGCAAAGAACCUAUAAUCAUUCCAAAAGCCGAGCCUGUUCAAGUGUCUAAGCAAUUGGAAGAGAAACAAGAAAACCAAGAAGUUCAACUGGCCGUUAAUAACGUACAAAAAAAUAUCACUGUUACCCGACCACCACCUGAUGUCAUCCCUUCUAUUGAAAUACAGAAUAUAAUAACACCACCACAAUUAUCGUCCCCAGAAUCGUCAAUACAAGAACCAGUCUACGAGAAUAGGGCCAGUGUUGAACAAAACCAACAUCAGCAGCAACAAGAAUCAAAACAUCAAAUCAAUCAGUCACCGCCAGUAAACGCUAAGAAAGAAGAGGAAGUAGCAACAAUUGACAAUACUGCCGCUCCUACAGCAGCUCCGGAUGCAGCUUCUGAAGAGGCCAUUUAUGCCAAUUCCGAUAAUUUAGCUGACUACAUCGAAGACACGGGCAUCCAUGCGAUUGCUCUCUAUGAUUACCAAGCCGCUGAUGACGACGAAAUAUCAUUUGAUCCCGAUGAUACAAUCACUCAUAUCGAAAUGAUCGAUGAAGGUUGGUGGCGUGGAUUAUGCAAGAACCGUUAUGGUCUCUUCCCAGCAAAUUAUGUGCAAUUGGUAAAUCAACAAGCAUGAAAACAUUUAGAUGAUCUCUAAAGCAUUUUUCUUCAAAUCUGAAAACUGUUGUGCUUCGUUCAGCUCAAGUAGUCAAGAUAAAUUGUUUGUAAAGUAUCGUUUUUUACAAUAGGAUUAACUUAACUACAAAAAAACGUUAUACAAAAAUUCAUGCUUCCUUCAAUACUAAAAACCAAGACAAUGCAGAAAUACUGCAGAUAUAUUAAUAUUACUCAAAGUGAUUCAAAAAUACCAGUUUUUCAUGUAUCAUCCCUAACCAGUAUUUACCUCAACUGCAUAAAUGCAACGAAUUGUUUAACAAUAGUACAUGUUUUAUUAUUCAAAUUAUUGGUUCUUUCAUCGAUGUCGCAAAGUUCAUCUGUGUAUUUACAUUUUGAAAAACAUUCAUUUGUUUUUAGCUUAUUUUUUACAAAAAAUGUGCAAAUUAAGUUAAAAUUUUUUAUACACUAACAUAUUAUAUAAUGGCUAACGUGGAACUCUUACUGGAUUCCACUUGCAAAUAUAGUUGUGACGAACGUACUAAACACUAAAAGAAAUUGCCAGAAGCACACAGAAAAGUGUGCAAAAAUUUGAAAAAAGAAUUAGAAAAAAUCCUUUCUUGAAAAGUUGUUAUUUCUACAAAAAAGUUUGGUAAACGUUUGCAAUAAAAAAAAUGUUUGAAAGAGUUUUGAGAAUAUUGUAUUAUGGAUUUUACAUUUUUAAUAUGUAUGUGUAUGUUUCGGGUUAAAAGCUUAAAAGUUACCAAGUAGUAUAUUUGUAU